CAGCUGUCGAACAGUGUUCAAACCACAAGUUUCGAACAAUCCUCCAAGAAGUGUCCCACCUUCAAAAAUCAGCCAAGAUGAAAUUCCUGAUCGCAUUCGCCGCCAUCGUUGCCGUGGCCCUGGCCGCCCCCGCCGACGAACGGGACGCCCAGGUGACCAAGUACGAGAACGACCACAAGGGCAUCGACGGGUACAACGUGGCGUACGAGACGAGCAACGGAAUCGCCGGCAAGGAACAGGCCGAGCUGCGGACCUUCGGCGAUGACAUCGCGGCCAUCGUGGUGCGCGGAUCGUACUCGUACACCGGUGCCGACGGACAGGUCUACACCGUCAACUACAUCGCCGACGAGAACGGUUUCCAGCCGGAGGCCGCCCACAUCCCACGUGCCUAAACAGUUCAAAAAUGGUUGCAGUGCACCACGCUCAGGUGUAUCGCAGUAGCAGAAAGGCAGGUUGUGAAUAGUGCACAGGUGCUGUAAAUAAAGGUUUAGUUCUAGUAAUCAAA